AUGUACCGCGCUCAGACCGCCCCGAGUGCGCCCAACAACUCUCUCAUGUACUGCUACAACGUGAAGCCGAUUUACGGCCAGUCUCCUAAUGACGACAUCAACCAGAACUCUCUGCAUCCCUCCAGUAAGGGCCCCAAUAGUCUGUUCGCCAGCACAUUUUUUGAGGGGACGACCAAUUCGCCCGACAUCUGGAGCGCCGUAAACGGGCUGAACCAGCAGGGCUAUGAAGGGGCACUGGGAGCGGCCACGUCUCUCCUCUCUCAGUCGGGGAGCUACGGCGGCAUGCAGCCUCACAGUCACCUGGACUACUCGCCACAUUCGGUCAUGGCCGCCGACUUGAACAGGGGCCUCCCACCGAUGUCCUCCUUUCACCGUAACAACACGCCGUCCCGCAACGCGAUCAAUGCCACAGAUAACUCCACAGGUAACCACGGGAGUUCACAAACAGGAGACACUUUGGGCAAAGCUCUGGCUUCAAUAUACUCGCCCGAUCACACCAGCAGCAGUUUCCCCUCCAGUUCAUCGACGCCGGUCCGAUCCCCGUCUCCGCUGAACAACGCCACUGAGCCCACAGGCACAAACACAUGGCCCCCGACUUCAGUUCAAUCUCAGGUUUCACCACAUUAUGAGUCGUCACUAAUAUCACUGUCUCAGGUGGAGGACCGUCUGGACCGGCUGGACGAUGUGAUCCACGUCCUGAGGAACCACGCGGUCGGCCCCACAGCAGACGUCCCAGGCCUGCUCGCCCCCAGCCCCCACGCCCCCCAGGGACCCGCCUCCUCCGCCAGCGCCCUGCCCCUCGCAUGCCACCCUUCUGCCAUGGUGGAAGCUAUUGCGAUGAACAACAACCAGAGUGCAUUUCAAAGCCAGAACGGGCAUCCAUAUUCAGGCAGGCAGCGGCUGGUGCUCCACCACAUGCAAGCGGGCAACCGAGGCGUCUCCUCAGCGUUGGAGCUGAAGAUGGAGAAUGGAGAGAGAGAGGACAUGAUGCACACGAGCCACAGCUCCGACAGCCAGCGCUCGGACGACGAGAGCGAGCACAAGAACGGAGACAGGAACAGUCUUCACGAGGACGAGGAUCUGAGUCCGGAGCAGAAAGCCGAACGGGAGCGUGAGAGAAGGAUGGCCAACAACGCCCGGGAGCGGCUGAGGGUCCGGGACAUCAACGAGGCCUUCAAGGAGCUGGGCCACAUGUGUCAGCUGCACCUGAAGAGCGAGAAGCCACAAACCAAACUCCUGGUGCUGCACCAGGCCGUGGCCGUCAUCCUGAGCCUGGAGCAACAAGUCAGAGAGAGGAACUUAAACCCCAAAGCGGCGUGUCUUCGGAGGCGAGAGGAGGAGAAGGCAGCCAUCUUACACACAGGUGCUAAAGAAGUCGGAAUCUUUCUGAUUUUGGAUCUGUGGAGAGUUGGAUUUCUCCGUAGUGGGAAAGUCGGACCCGAGGAGCGCGCAGUGAAGGCGUCUCCCAGUGCCCGAGAUGCUCCUGUACCUCUCCCAAAGGCGCAGCGCUCUCAGGACCAGGACGCAGGACGCAGGACAAGCGCACGGCCCGGGGGUGUAGACUCUUCACAUAAGUUCCACAAUGCAUCGGCAGAACAGUUCUCCGGACGUCAGGGUGGUCAGGAGCCCCACCGCAAUGACCAGGAGAGCAAUCGAGACGUGUCUGUCAUCACCCACCAGGCUGGAUACAACCCUGGGGUGGCCACGAGGAGGGGCGGAGACGACAGGACCGACCGAAAUGUAACGUCUCCUACUUUCAAUUUCCACAAGCAUCCAGAGAUUUUGAGGCCUUAUAACCCGGACAGCAACGACCACAGUAUAGUUUUGCCUUCACAAGUGGCGAAGCGGGGAGGAGGCAAUGAAAAAGAUCCCAGACCAAGGAUCCCUCUCCCAGCUGCAAGUUCAGAAAGUCACGAACCGCCUGCUUUAGGAGGACAAAGACCGGCGAAGUCUCCAAACACUAUCGUCACAGAUCCGUUCAUGUCCGUGGGGAAACUCAUCAGUCAGUUCAACAGCAGUCAGCAGCAGAGGGGGAGAAAAGGCCCUAGAUCCAGGUUGGACUUGGAGCAGUGUCGGAGGUCCCGCAGCGUGGACAGCGGCCGCGCCUCCGAUUCGUCCUGCUCCGAUUCGUCGUCCGGCCGGGCCUCGUCUCUGCGGGCGGGGAGAGGGGAGGCUCCAGGUGUGGUGUACCCGGCUGGAUCGGCCCGGGCCAGGCUGCUGAGCGGAGAGGGGAGCGCGGUUAUUAAAAAGAGGGAAGACGUGAAGCCGACUGGACUCACGGAGAGACCUGAAAUGAUGUCGUCACAAGCAGCGAGACUGGUGCAGCGCUCAGUGGCAGCCAGAGCCAACGGGGAGCCAAGGAAUGGGAGUGAAGAAAGGGAAAUUCAGGUCACUCCUGAUCUUCUGAAAGGGCAGCAAGAACUCACAGUGGAUCCGACUGAAGACGCUGCCAAACAAGUGCUGUUUGCCUACCUGCAAGAGGGGACGACUGACGAUGACUCCACGACUGAGAUGAAAGUGAAGCUGCUGCUGGAGCGGAUAAACAGAUUAAAAUGGAGGACAGCGGAGAAUGUGGAGGAGGAGGAGAGAAAUUUUGAAGCCGACGUGGAAGUCCUGCAGAACAAACAGACCUCGCUGGAAAACGAGAUUUUUGACCUCAAGAUCCAGCUGCAAGUGGAACUGGAGAAUGAAAAAACGUUGGCGAAGGCAGUUGAAAAGUCAAGGACAGAUAAGAAGACGCUACAGGACGACUUGGCCCAGAGUCAAAGUGAAAUGUCCCGACUCAAGAGCCGCCUGAGCGAGACGGAGACACAGCUUCAGAAAACCAAACACGAGCUGAACCAAAUGAAAGCGGAGAAGGAGCGAGCCAAAACAGAGAUGAAAGACCUUGAGCAGCAGCUGUCCGAGAUGCACGACGAGUUGGACGAAGCCAAAAGGGCGGACAUAAUAAACGCUCAGAAAGAAAUACUCCUCAAGGACAUGGUGCAGCUCCGCGCAGACUUCCAGGAGGUGCUCCACUACAAAGAGGAGCAGGAGGAGGUGCUGCGGCACAGAGAGAGGGAGCUCACUGCCCUCAAGGGGGCGCUGCAAGACGAGGUGCAGACACAUGACAAGUACAUGUCCGCUCUGAGGGAGGAGUACGAGGAGGAGAUCGAGAAACUCCUCAAAGAUCUGGAGUUUGCCAAAGAGAGGAAUACUCUUCUGGGUCAGGAGAAAGCACAAGUCCAGGAGGAGAGAGGAUCCACCAAGGCCCAGCUGAAGGAGGUCACUCAGGAGAAGGACCAUUUAAGAGCCAAAGUCCAAGACCUCAACAUCAAAGUGGAUCAGCUGAACCAGGCCAUCCAAGACCUCAAGACCAGGGAGAGGCUUCUGGAGCAGAGGAUCAAACAGCUGGAGAGAGAGAAACUGCAGCUGGAAGAAACGCUCCGAGACGUGAGGAGGAACGAGGAGGAGAUGUGUCAGUCCAACCAGUCUCUGCUCGGGAGACUGGAGGAGGUGCAGGGAAAGAUGACCAAACUGAACCACGAGCACCGGGAGCUGAAGGAGAAGCUGAAAGAGGAGAGGAAGCAGAUCGAGGAGCUAUGGAGGAGCAAAGUCGAGCUGGAAGACGAGCGCAGGAUACAGGACCGGACGAUCGAGCAGCUCCAGAGGAAGAUGAACAGUGUCAUGGAGGAGUGUGAGGCGUCCACCGAUGUGCUGCAGGGCCAAGUGGACGAAGCCAAAGAGAGGAGCCAGAGGGAGCUGACCGAGCUCCGGAGGCAGCUGCAGGAAAAGGGGGCCGAGCUGGAGAAGUCCCGACAGGCCGCCAAGAAUCUGCAGGAAGAGCUGCUUCCUGUGGAGGAGGAGCUGCGGAGGUGUCGUCGGGAGCAACAGGAGGCGCAGGUCAAAGGACAGCGGCUCGAGCAGAGAGUCGUGGAGUUGGAAGAGAGGAACUCGGCCUCCGCAGAGGACCGGGACCGACAGGUCAAACUCAUGGAGAGCCGCAUCAGUCAGCUCCAGGAGGACCUCCAGGACGAGCGCUGCAGUGCGGACCGCCUCAUGGAGAGACUGGACAAAGUCAAAGAGCAGAUGGAUCAGAUGAGGACAGAGCUGCUGCAGGAGCGGACACUGAGACAAGACCUGGAGUGUGACAAGAUGAGCCUCGAGAGACAGAAUAAAGACCUAAAAGGCAGAGUGAACCAUUUGGAGGGAUCACAGCGGACCAAUCAGGACUCUCUUUUGUCCAAACUCAGCUCUCGUAUCCAGGAGCUGGAGGAGCGGCUCCAAGCAGAAGAAAGUGAGAACAACAGUCUGCUGCAAGUGAACCGUAGACUAGAGCGAAAGGUGAAGGAGAUGAAGAUGCAAGCCGACGAGCAGCACAUCAACCUGCAGACGGAGAAGGACCAGCUGACUCAGAGGCUGAAGACGGCCAAGCGGCAGAUGGACGAGGCGGAGGAGGAGAUCGAGCGUUUGGAACACAGCAAAAAGAAACUGCAGAGAGAGCUGGACGAGCAGACAGAGGCCAGCGAGCAGCUCCUGGACCAAAUGAACACACUCAGGAACGAGCUGAGGCGUAAGAAGAAGCCCUCUGCUCUCAUUAAGGACAGUUUGAUCGACACAGAUGACCCGGUGUCAGAGUGA